GAGUGUACAGCCAGACAAACACGGUGCACUACAGGAGAGAGAGAGCACAAAAGAGAAAUAAACAUUCAAGGACAUAUAACUAAAUCAUUUAGUAUAUACAACUUUUUAACACACUUAUUCAGUGAUGGAGGGAGAUGUGGAUGAAGACGACGGGACUUUUAUUAACAUCCCACUAGCUGAUGAUACAGCUGAAGGAGAACCAACAGUCCUGCGACUCAGAAUCGAAGACCAAUACGGAACCAUGAACUGUGAGAUUGACGGAGAUAUGGAGAAUCAGGUUGAGCAAGAAGAGAAGACGAGGCUUAUAAACCAAGUGCUGGAGCUUCAGCACACACUCGAAGAUCUGUCUUCGCGUGUGGAUGCGGUAAAGGAAGAGAACCUUAAGCUCAAAUCAGAGAACCAGGUUCUUGGGCAGUACAUUGAGAACCUCAUGUCCGCCUCCAGCGUGUUUCAGACCACCGAUACCAAAAGCAAACGGAAAUAAGAGAUCGUUGGAUCCUGUCUACAUAGUUCCUCAUCUCUUCAGCAUUCAUACAUAAUAGCCAGAACAUAAGCCGCUGUUUGUUUUGUAUUUAUUUUGUAUUUUGUUUUUUACAGUAUACUUAAGCAUCUAUCAGCAUGGUAUGGUUAUUACUUGAAUGGGCUAAACAGACUGUCCUUUAGAGAUGGGGGGAGAGGGUAGAACCCUCUGCGAUAUUGUUUUCAUGGUAAGCAUAUCAACAUAUGCUUAAUUUUGUUUGACAAAAAUCUAAACGCUCAGAUAAUAUAACUUCGCAAAGCACUAAAGUCUAGUGUUGUUGAGCAAAAGUAAGAUUAAAAUUAGUCACGUGUAAGACUAACCAUGAAUUAUUAAGUAUUAACGUGACCAGGAUUAGGCCGAUUUCCAUAUCUUUGGCUGACAACAGUGUUACAAGUUAAAGAAUGCAAAAGCAAUGAGUGAUCAGAAUAGUACAGAGAGCGUGUGUUGUUGCGCCUUCUGUGUAAUGAAUUUCAUGAAUUAACCAAUUUGAGACCCUCACAUCAACAUCAUCAAACCUUUAAGAGAAGGGCGACAAAAGCAUAUUUUUUUCAUCACAGUUUGACGUAAAUGACAAUGCAGCAUAAAGCACAUACACGUAUGAUGUGCACAGAGAUCACUUGAAAGUGCAAGACAUCCUUUAAUUUUUAAUUGCACGGUUUAAAAAAAGAUUAUGGAUAAAUGUCUCACUCAGCCCAUAUGCCAUGUACCUGUACUUUAUAUUCUUCAAAUGUCCCUGUCUCACCAAAUUAGUUUAACUGUCUUUGAUAUUUGGAUGCACUGUAGAAUUUUUCAGGCUAGUGCACAAACAUGUUGGAUCAGUAGAUUGAAAUGGCUUGUGAUGUAAGCUGCAGCACUAUGUUGGACAGGACACUACUCAUGUUUGAAUAGAUCAAGGGACCCAAAUAUUGGAAGUAAAUGGUUUGUUUGGCUUUUACUGUUUGUGGUGAGGUUGAGACUGCUGAGUGAAAUUCAUCCAAGUGAUCUCAAAGCUACGGCAGCCUAUUCUGCCCCAUAAAAACAAUGCUUUGGUAACUAUUAAAAUUAUUUUAGACUGAUUAAAAGUCUUUGAUGUAAGAUGUUUUACUCAUAAUUGACUUGAAUCUCAUACUUUAGAAUUUUUUUCUAAAAACACAAUCUUUGAAUCUGGUGGAAAUGGGCUAAACAUCAGUAAGCUGUCUGCUGGUCGAGUGACAUCUAUAAAUACAGAUGCUCUUCGCUAAGAUUUUGCUAAUGUGAAACAUCUGUCAAUAUAAAUACAUGGAACACAAAAGGAUCUGCCAGAUACAGGCUGCGACAACACUACAUCAUUUUUUAUUUUUUGUAAUUUAUGUUUGCAAGCACUCAAUGUAAGAUACUGCCUGUUCUGAAAGUGUACAUUUUAUUUUGUUACGGUUAUGCCUUUAUUAAAAUAAUUUCCCAAUACA